AUGGAAUGCUGCUCCAGCGACCUCCGUGACCUGAUGGGGAUGCUGCUCGGCCUGCCCUUCUCCGUCGCCGUCGUGGGCUUCGCUGGCGUCGCUUUCUUCCUCCGCUCGUGGCAGGACGUCUUCAUGGUCGGGGCGAGUCCGGUGCUGCUCGUCAUACCCUUCGCGUUCAUGAUGGACGAAUCCCCGCGGUGGCUCCUGCAGACAGGGCGGGUGGAGGAGGCCAGGGCGGUGCUCGAAAGGGCGGUCAAACUGAACAACACCAAGCUCAUCCUGCCUCUCACCGAAACCAUAGACGAGCUGAUAAAAGCCAGCAGCCGCGACCCUCCCGCGCCCGACAGCACCUGGAGGAAGCCGUCGCAGGCGCUGUCGCUCCUCCGCGGCACGAAGGAGUACCUCUCCGACCCCGCCAUGAGAAGGAUCAUCUUCGCCACGGCCGGAAUCUGGUUCAUUCACGACACGCUCUAUCUCGGCGUGGCUCUCAGUGCUCACAACUUUUCCAGGAAAGUAUAUCUUCUUUUUUCUAGAGGAAAUCAUUAG